UAAAUGUUAAUUAUGUCACUAGAAUCACUCAAGUAAAUAAUUAUGUCACUAAAACCAAUUCACGAGACUUAAGAUUUUGCAUUACAUUCUUGAAGAAAUAUUACAUGAAUAUUCAUGUAAUGUUAAUGUUAUCUCUAUCUUGACAAUUUGUUAUUGGUGAGGAUAUCCUGCGCUGAUGAUGUGAUGUGCAUCUGAGACAGACUCAUCCUUUUCUAUCAAUUUUGAUAUUAAUUCAUGCUUCUGCGUGAUAAUUUCUGAUUGGUAUUUGUAUUUUUGGAAAAAGUUUUGUACCACCAAACAACAAUGAUGAAUUUAUUUUCUAGUUUGCAACCAAUAAUGGUAUAGUUAUUUUCUCGUGUCAUGGGUAGGAAGGGAACUAUUUUACCUAACACAAAAAACUUACCGCAAAUGGAAACGGAACGUGAGGUGGAUAAAAUUUCGAAAGAAGUUUGAAUUUACUUUCUUUUGUUUUGAAAAGAAAAAAGAAUAAUGUUGUGUUAAAAAAAGAAGAAUAAUGGACUUGUUGUGGAAUAUUCUUAUCAUAGCUACAGAGAAUACAUAUUAUCUGUAAACUGAUAAAUGAAUAAGAAUAUAGAACCAUAAGUACGGCAUGUUCAUUGUUUAGUUAUCACCACCUAUAUUAUUCAUGGAUCACCAGGUCGCCCCUAUACUUUUCCAGUAUUUACCAUCAAGUCACUGUAUCUAUAAGAUAUAUUGUUAAAAAAUUGUUAAUCUUCCCAUUUUUGUGGAGGUUUAUCUUUUUCUUCCGUGUAAAGAAAACAAGCUGGGUAGUGGGUACCAAAAAAAAAAGAAAGAGAAAAUGUAAGACUUAACCAAAGAAGACAUAGAGUUCUCAGUAGUCUAUAUUUUUUUUUUUUUUGAAACACUCUCAGUAGUCUAUAAAUAUCUAUUCUCAUAACAGAGAAAGAGCAUUAAGUGAUAUCACAUUCCUCCAUAAGCUUUUUAUAAAAUUAUCAUCCUCUGCUUUUGAACCCUAAGGAAGGAGACGAAAUGGCCACGGACGCGUACGAAGCCGCCAUCAAAGGACUUAAGGAUCUUCUCAGUAAGAAGACAGAUCUAGGGAACGUGGCCGCGGAGAAGAUCAAAGAGUUGACUCAGGAGCUUAAGGAGCUUGAUUCCAGCAACUCUGACGCCGUUGAACGUAUCAAAUCCGGUUUCACCCAUUUCAAAACUCAGAAAUACUUGAAGGACAGUGCUCGGUUCAAUGAUCUUGCCAAGGGUCAGAGCCCAAAGUUUCUGGUAUUCGCUUGUUCUGAUUCUCGAGUGUGUCCAUCUCACAUCUUGAAUUUCCAACCUGGCGAGGCCUUUGUUGUCAGAAACAUUGCAAACAUGGUUCCACCUUUCGACCAGAAGAGACAUUCUGGCGUUGGUGCCGCCGUUGAAUACGCAGUUGUACAUCUCAAGGUGGAGAACAUUGUGGUGAUAGGCCAUAGCUGUUGCGGUGGGAUUAAGGGUCUCAUGUCCAUUGAAGAUGAUGCUGCACCAACUCAGAGUGACUUCAUAGAAAAUUGGGUGAAGAUUGGUGCAUCAGCAAGGAACAAGAUCAAGGAGGAACAUCAAGACCUAGACUACGAUGAACAAUGUAACAAGUGUGAGAAGGAAGCUGUGAAUGUGUCGCUUGGAAACUUGCUUUCAUACCCCUUUGUGCGAGCUGCAGUGGUGAAGAACACACUUGCAAUAAGAGGAGCUCACUACAAUUUCGUCAAAGGCACAUUUGAUCUCUGGGAGCUCGAUUUCAAGACCACCCCUGCUUAUGCCUUCUCUUGAACAUAACUCUUGUGAGAUCACAAAAGCUUUGACUGCAUCCUUUCUUUCUUUCUCAUGUUGAUUCUGAUCUCAACUUCUCUUGGUUUGUUUCUUAUUUUCAAUCUUGCAACUUUGCUGCUUCUGUCUCAAAGAGCUGUAAACAAUAAUACUCUGAACAACCUUUGAAUCUUAUUUAUUUUAUCUAA